AUGGCCGAAAAGUCCGAGGGGAAGAACACAGAACUCGCGGUGCAAUGGGCACUGACCGGCUUGUCCGUCAUCAUCAUGCUGGUGCGCCUGAUCAUGAGGUGGAAUCGGCUGCGCAAGUUCGAGAUGGGCGACUACCUGACAUUGGCGGCCAUCUUUGCCCUUCUCGCGCGAUCAUCCGUCGAAACGGUGCCUCUCGUCUACGGGACGAACCAGGUGCCCCCAAAGGCAAGGGCCAAGCAUCACUUCACGCCCGAGGAAAUAUCCCAUCGCGAGCUUGGAGCCAAGAUGACCAUGGUCAAUCGUGCUCUGUACACGGUGUAUAUUUGGCUACAAAAGUGCGUCGUCAUGAGCAUCAUCCAGCACCUGCUCAAGGGUCUUAAGCUCUACUCAAUUUUGACCGUCUACUGGGCUACCAUGGGCGUCACCUUUGUGGCAUCUCUCGUCAUGGGCUUUGUUGAAUGCCACCCGUUUGACAAAUACUGGGUUGUAAUACCAGAUCCAGGCACAUGCGCAGCCGGCAGUCUACAGCUGAUUGUUUUUUCGAUUCUCGAAAUGUUUACAGACCUAAUGCUCAUGGUACUUCCCGUGCGGUACCUCAUCAAGAUCCAACGCCCACUCAUGGCCAAGCUCCGGCUCAUCGCGCUCUUCCUGGUCGGAACCGCCAUCAUCGCCGUCACCCUCACACGACUCCUCAUGAACGUGCUCAAGUACCACCGGUCCGACGCCUCGCACCACAUCGCCAACGUCGAGCUCCUAUUCGCAGCCAUCGUCGCCAACAGCCCCGUCAUCUACGGCAUGUUCAACAUCAAGUACGGGAGCUCCUCGCAGCGAUACGCGUCCGGCCAGAGCAAGCCACGCUCCAACACGGGCCAGGGUGGCCAGCAGCUCGAUACGUCUGGCUCUCGCUCUCACUCUGCGCUGCCGAAACAGCAACAAGUCUGGUCCUCGAGGAAGACGGGAGAGACCGACAGCUACGAAGAGUUGAUAGAAUUAGAGGGACGGCCACACCCGCAUUACCAGUACAGAUAG